UAAUAUAGGCUUAUUUAUUGUUUAAAGGAUCAAUCGAUCUUGCCGACUUUAUUAGAGACCAUGCUUAAUUCCUUCAAAUAGAUCUUUCAAAAACACCUUUCAUUAGCCAAAGCUUCCAGAGAAAACCAGACCAAGUAAUGUUUUUUAAAUGUCUUAACUGACUCUGAAAACAAUACAGGAAAUCGAUCUUUAGGAAUAAGCAGUAGUAACAUCGCCCAUUUUAUUUCUGGGAAAGUAUGCGUUCUUUACAGGUGUGCAUAGUUUACAAUGUAGGUAGAAAAUGUCUAUUUUUGAAAACGACUAGUGUAGGAACUAAACUGAGCCAUUUUCCAAACAAGUACCCAAAACAGAUUUGAAAUCAUUUUUUGAAUUUAUACAGAAGUUGACUUAUAAUGGUUCAUAAUGAGAAGUCAGUUCGAGAAAAGGUUAUUUAUUCAAGUUAAUAUUUUGUUAUUGUGUGGCUUUUAUUCCAUUUCUUGUGUGUAUGCACUAUCAGGGUGUUUUUCGCUAGAUUUUGUUUUAAGGAGAGCAAAGUCUACAUGCUUAGUUGCUUAUGUGACUGAUGGUUGCAGUGUUACUGAUCUCUCGAAGGAGUACAUGUAUAAACAAUUUCAGUCUCUAAGAAAUCUGUUGCUGAACAAUGCACAUGGAAUCUUGGUUGGAUUUAUCGAUAUUAAUGACAGAUGGCCCGAUGAGACAGUUUUUGGAAAGCAUAAUGAAACUAUUCACAUUGGAAAUGUAGUGUUAUUCGAGAAAAUAAAGAAAGAUAGACAUGAAUUAUAUCCUAUUCUGCAAUCUCGAAGUACUUUUCCUUUUGUUUAUAAAGACAAAUUCCACACUGAAAAGCUGAUGGACUUUCUAAAUCAGGGUUGUGGCGCGUUUCUUAAUGCUACUGGUGGUUUAUCCAAACAAGGAUUUCAUCGUAUGGAGAUUCUGCAAUCAAAAUUUUACGUUAAACAUGUUUCUGAUGUUCAAUCCAAAGAUGUGUUUUUCCAAAAAUGUUCUGAAAAUGAUAACUUUUGUUAUUCAGAUCGCCAUUUGCAUGCUCAUAAAAUCCCAAGACUUCCCGAAUGCGAUAGAAUUCCCCUUCCAUCACGUGAAGAUUUUUUCCGCAAAUAUUUAAAAAGGUCAAAGCCCGUUAUUUUCAAAGGAGUUCUGAAAGACUGGCCUGCUUAUACAAAAUGGUCAAACAAAUACUUGAGAGAGAAAUAUGGCGAACACGAAAUUUUGUUCCAACUCACGCCACAUAAUGAAUUUGAAAGAAUCGAACCUAUUAACAUUUGGAAAAAUCGUAAAAACUUCAAGCUUUCUCAAUCAGGCGCUGAUCAAAUUUUUUCACCAGAUCUGGUGAUGGUAAUACCCGCUAAUGAAAAAAGGAAAUUUUCGGAUUUUAUGGACAUUUUGGAUGGAAUUUCUAAUGGGUCCAUUGUUAAUAUGUCUGCGUAUUUACAAUACGCCUCAAUUCCUCAGUAUCUUCCAGAACUGGAAAACGAUAUUCAAGAAGAGAUACUUUUUAAGGGUCUCUUAGAAAAGGAGAUGUUAAACAUUUGGCUUAGCGACGGAAAAACUCUUGGAAAAUUGCAUUUUGAUGCAAGUGAUAAUUUUCUUUCCCAGGUAUUUAACUACUUUUUUUUUCAAAAUAACUAA